GGGGAGAUUUGGCGCGCGCGCGGUGGUGCCGCUGCCUCGGAGGCGAGAGGGGAUCCCGGGUGUGCCGUUGACGGGGAACGCGGGACAGGUACAACUGUAGGUAGAGAAAUGUAAACUUGCAGUUCAUGCAGGAAACUUCCCCAGCAUCUAAUUCAAGCAGAGGUAAGAUAUACAAAUUGAAAAUGCCAUUUUUUGGGCAAAUUGUUGUUAUUAAGAGAAAUGGGACCGAUGGAACUCAUUUUCCGCUCACCGCAAGCUCUUGUUUGUUUGGAAGGGAAAAACAAUGUGAUAUUCGAAUCCAGCUUCCUCAAGUUUCUAAAGAACAUUGUAAAAUUGAAGUCAAUGAAAAUAAAGAGGCAGUGCUGUUUAACUUGAGUUCUGCAAAUCCAACACAGCUAAAUGGGAAUCACUUUCAAGAUCCCACACACUUAAAACAUGGAGAUAUACUUACAAUUAUUGAUCGUUCUUUCAGGUUUGAAUAUCCACCUCCCCCACUUCCUCAGAAGAGAUUUUCUAGAUCUCAAGAGAAGGAAACAUUACAGAUUCUUCAUGUUCAGCAUAUGCAACAGAUGGACUUGCUGCACCCACAAAACGAAGAUUACAAAAGUUCUCCGAUUACUGGCAAGAAAUGUGAAACUUGUUCUCCCAGAAGAAAUGAGAAGAAACUUCAAAAACAAUACAGCGACCCACCUGAAUUUAAGUACAAAAUGCACAGUAUUGAAAAAGCAAAUGAAUUGUCUCCUUUUAGCAAACUUUAUGAAUUAAUGAAACAUGAAGAUGGCACAGGCAAUGUAAAGGAAAAUACUGGUAAUGAGACCUUGCUGGAAGAUGUAUUUCACUCAAGAUCUAGGAGGUCUGCAAUGAAUCGAGCAAAGUUAACUAAAGUUGAACAAUCUGAAGAUAGUAAAAUUCAAGGAAAGCAUGGUGGUAUAGCAAGUCCAAUACCAACAUUCGAAAAGAAGAAAUCUGAAAAAUCAAGCACUCAAAAUUGUGAUAUGCAACAGAAACAAGAAUGUGAAGGUGCAAAUCAGUCAGAUUUUAAGAACAUAGAAGAGAAUGAAGUGGAAAAGUGUGCACAUUUUAAAGCCAAUCAGCAGAGCGCACAGCAUUUCCCUGAAUCAUGUAUACUGUCAUUGGAUUAUACAGAAAAGGCUAAAUGCCUUAACAAAUUUAACAUAACAGAUGCUUUCACAUCUAUAGAAAAUACUUUGCCCAAAGCAAAGCCUAGCCAGGAGU